ACACUUUUGACAGUCGAAAUUGUCGAAAAUGACAUUCACGUCGAGAAGAAGAGCUCUUUAAAGAUUUCACUAAACCGAUUUUUUUAACCUUUUUAAUUAAACUAAGCGACAAAAAAUGUCCGAGACGAACCUCUCCGAAACGGAGAAACAAAUUUUCAAAGCCAUCGAAACCAGCGACGCGGUAUUACUGAAAACACUUCUAGCCGAUGCGAAAAACGUCAACAUAAUCGAUGAAAACUCGAUGACCCCCCUUCAACACGCCGCCUACAAGGGCAACAAAGAUCUAGUACAAGCCCUCCUAGAUCAGGGCGCCGAUGUGAAUUACGGCGAACACCAGCACAACUACACCUCGCUGCAUUUCGCCGCCCUGUCGGGCAACUCCGACGUCUGCCUGGCCCUGCUGUUGGCCGGCGCGAAGAGCCAAGCGGUCAACACCGUCGGUCGCACCCCCGCCCAGAUGGCGGCCUUCGUGGGCCACCACGAGUGCGUCGCCGCCAUGAACAGCUUCAUACCCAAAGAAGACGUCGAUUACUACACGAUAACGCCGGGCGCGACCGCCUCCAAAACCCAAAUCCUGCCCGCCUUUCUCUCGGAGAGCUUCCACAAGUUCAUCAUGCGCACCAACGUCCACCCGAUCAAGGUGAUACUGAACGUGCAAACGUUCGUCGGGCUGGCCGAUCACCUGGCCGAAGUCAAGAAGGUCCUCGAGCUGAUGUGCGAGCGAGAACUGAAACGCGAAGACGAAAAGAACGAAGUCAUGGCGUUCAAAUUCCAUUAUUUAAGCUACGUAAUAGGCGAAAUGCUGAAAGUCAAACAGAAACAGAUGGUUAAAACCGACGACGAUAAGAAAUUAGAUUUGAUCGAAUUGUUCACGAGGAAGCUGUUGAAGCCCGGCAAAGACAUCGGCCAGCUCGACAUCAUGGACGCUUUCCUGCGGGACUGCGUGAGGGAGUUCCCCCACAGGGAAUGCACGCUCUUCCGCCAAAUGGUGGCCAGCUUGGCGGGCAAGGAUCCCCCUUCGGCCCUGAGCGUCCUCGCGUCGGCCAUCAACGGACAGAUGGGCUUCGUGGAUUCGGUGAGCCUGUGUCACACCUGCGGCGAGCCGAGGCCGUCGAAGAAGUGCUCCAAAUGCAAGGCGGUGCAGUACUGUGAUAGGAAUUGCCAAAGGCUGCAUUGGCACUGGCACAAGAAGGCCUGCCCUAGGUUAAGUCAAACGCUGAUAGAGGACGCGCAGGCGAGGCCCGACGCGGCUGCCCUUUCGGCCGAACUGCGCGAUCUGCUCGUCGAUAACUGAAGCGUAAUUUGUAAUUUCGAACGAGAUAAUUUAGAAUAUAAAGCACUCGAGCAUUUUUUUAAUGGCGUUUUACGAUAGAUUGAAUUGUAUGACUAUUAACAAGUAAGUGGAUAGAGUUGUUAUUAAGGAUAUAAUGGUGCUCGCUGUGACGUCGACUAAUCCGAGUAUUAUGUAUUUGGGUAGGUAAUUCUCGGCCAAUUCCGCUAUUUUGAUAAGUUCCAAUCGAAUCGGGGAGUUGAUUGUGUAAUGUUCUUCCAUAAGAUAGGCGAUUCGUAUGAAAUGUUUCCCUUGAUUGGUCGUUUGAUUGCAGGAUAUUAUUACGGACAUCGUAAAUAUCUGGAAAUAUUGUUCUUUUAGUCGAAGCUGGCAACAACGCUUCAAUUGAUUUGUUGUAAAUACGAGUUAUUGAGGUUUUAAUAUACGUGGGUAAGGUGAAAAGUACUCGGUCCGAUACAGGGCGCUUCAUUAAGCAGUAACUGCAUCACAUUCACCUGAUUUGGCACCCUCAGACUUCUAUCUGUUUCCAAAAUUGAAGAAAUUUGUUGCUGGGAAACGCUUCGUAUCCAAAAAUGAUGAAUAACUUGUACACAAUGCAUUGAAAUCGUGGAAGAUUAUGUAGAAAAGUAAUUAUUUCAACCGAAAAUCGCAGUGUUUCAAGAACUUUUCGCCUUACCCUCGUAUCACCGUUGAGUUUUCAUCUAUACUCUAUUUAAAAACUAGUAGGAGCGAUUUGAAUUUAAGUUGGCAACACUUUUAUCAUUCCUUUCAUUCAAUUUUAUUUAAAUGAAAGAUGACAAAUUUUCUAAUAACUUUUUUUGAAUGUAAUCAAAAUGCUCAAAAUGCUCCUACUAGUUUUUAAAUAGAGUAUAUCAGCUUGUACUUACUAUAGUAACAAUUAAAUCUAGUAGAUCUGCAUUGAGAAUGUCUGCUCCGUUGACGUACCAAUUUAAUAUAUCGACUGAAUUCGUUAGGGCGUAAAUAAAAAUGACCAUUACAAUCCAACCGAAGAGACAGUUGACGUCUUUAACGAAACCAUGCAAAUCCACGUAAAUGUAGAAACAUUCCCGCAAUUUCGCGAUGAUCCUAGCAUCGGAAUUGUCCGUGCAAAACGAGUGUUCCGAGCCAAUUCGAUUGAUCUCUUUGAAUUUAUCGUCGAGAUCUUUAUAAGACACCUGCAGGACUCUGUUGAUGGAGAAAAACAACAGGAUUAUGUAGAGCAAUCCUGUUUCGUACAAGUAAAAGUACGUGCAUGAAUUCCACCCAGUGAUUUUUUUUGAACAGCAAACUGAGAGAUGUUACGAAAGGUACGGUUAUGUAACUAACGUAACUCAUGGUCUCGGUUAUGAAUAGCGAGGUGGUUUCUUUCUUUUCUAAGAAAUCCUGAUAAAGGAUCAUCAAAACUAUUGAUCCUAAAGGGUAGAGGAGUGUUAGAAGUAUUACGAGUAAGUUGAGUUUUGCGUGGAUUAGGCGUUUUUGUUGGAAAUCGUAGAAAGGUGCUACAGCGAAAAAUGCGGAUAUUUUAUACAUCAUUUCUAAUAACUUCACUUCUAUAACAUCGUGCUCUAAAAUAACAAAUUUAAUUACUAUUAAAAUUCAAAUAUAUGAUUGUUUUACCUAAUUUAUGCUCGAAGAAUUUCCAGUUUUUUCUAGCGAACAAUUUCAUUUUGGCCACUCUUUAGAAAAUGAAACAAUCUUGUCUAGUUCAAUUCAGUAAUUGAUAAUCGAUAAAGAAAACCACUUUUCGGCACUUUUCCUUUUUAAAGGAAGUCGCUUAGUGUCGAAAUAAUGGAAAGCAUUAAAGAAAAUUGUUUCCCUUUUACGAGGGGCGUAAAAAGAUUACACCAAAUAUAGUAAAAUAAAUGUAUUAAAGCGACUUUAAAAUUAACAUACUUGUGUGGAAUAAACUAAAAGCGUUUCUAAUGGUAUAAAUUUUACGAUAGAUUAAAUUGUAUAACAAUCAAUAUAUAAGUCGAUAGAGUCGUUAAUAACGAUACAAUCGUGCUCAUGUUAACUUCCAAAAAUCCGAGUAUGAUGUAUCUUGGUCGAUAAUUUUCCGAUAAUUCCGCUAUUUUUAAAAGCUCCAAUCGAAUCGGGGAAUUGAUAGCGUAAUGUUCCUCCAUAAAAUAAGCGCUUCGUAUGAAAUACUUCCCUUGAUUGGCCGUUUGAUUACAACAUAUUAUUAUAGAAAUCGUAAAUGUCUAAAAAAUAACUCGAUAUACAUACUUCACCAAAUGAUACAUUAUUUCAAACAGCUCGACCUCGAUAAAUCUUCUGUUAACGAUAAUGAUACAAAAUUAGCUUAAUAUACUCGACUACAAGUGCUUUAAGUUCGCGACUUUAACGUGUCCAGCUAUUCUUAUCGAUCUGUAGGUGUUUGUACUUACUACAGUAGCCAUUAAAUCUAACAAAUCGGCGUUAAGAAUGUUUGUUCCAUUGAUGUACCAAUGUAAAAUAGCCACUGAAUUCGAUAAUGCGUAGAUAAAAAUUACUGUUAUAGUCGAACCGAAGAGACCGGUGAUAUCUUUAACAAAACCAUACAAUUCCACGUAAAUAUAGAAGCAUUCUCGUAAUUUAGCGAUGAUUUUAUCGUUGGAAUCGUCUGUAAUAAAAGGUUGUUCUAAACCAAUUCGAAUGAUUUCGUUGAAUUUUUCAUCGACAUCUUGGUAAGAUACCUGCAGGACUCUGUUGAUUGAGAAAAAUAGUAAAUUUAAAUACAGUAAACCUGUUUCAUACAAGUAAAAGUAUGCAGAAAGAAACACGUCUUUGGGAUCAAUAGUUAAAUGUGUACCGAUAUUGGCGCAUUCCAUAAAAUGCAGCAAGAAAAUCACCAGCAGUAGUUUUUUGGAAAAAUACGCUCGAUUUGACUUCAUUUUGACUCGCAUUUCCUUUAUUUUUACCAUAAACUCCACCCAAUUGUGCUUUUUAAGUAAUAAACUAAGCGAAGUUACUAAAGGUAUAGUGAUGUAACUAACGUAACUCAUUGUCUCGGUUAUGAACAAUGAGACGGGACCUUUCUCUGAUAAAAAAUCCUGAUAAAGGAUCAUUAAAACUAUUGAUCCUAUAGGGUAGAGGAAUGUUAAAAGUAUUACGAGUAAGUUGAGUUUUGGGUGGAUUGCUCGUUUUUGGUCGAAAUCGUAGAAAGGUGCUACACCGAAAAAUGUGGAUAUUUUGUAUAUCGUUUCUAUUAACUUCACUUCUAUAACAUCGUGCUCUAAAAAUAACAAAUUUAAUCAACAAUUAAAUGUUAGUUAAUUUGUGACCUACCUAAUUUGUGAUUGAAGAUUUUGUAGUUUUUUCUAUUGAACAAUUUCAUUUUGGGUAAUUCUUUUUGAGGAAUGAAACAAUCUAGUCUUGUUCGAGGGUAGAGUAAUUGAUAAUCAAUGAAAAUAACUUUUUUAUAAGUCACAACAUUGAAGUAAUAUAAAAUUAUGCUUUUUACGAGGGGCGUACAAAAUACACGUGAUAUAAUAAAAUAAAUAUAUUAACACAAUGAAAAGCCGAUCGCAAUGGCUGUUACAAUCGACUUUUGCGAAAUUAAACAAUUAUUUUGAUAGUUUAGAAUGAACGAAACAUCUUUAAAUAAAAAUUAAAUGUCUCGUUUUCAACAAUCAUACAAAAAAUAUACAAAAUUAUUAUGAUAAAAGUAUUAUUUUGUUUACACAAAUAUUAUACAUUUACUACGUACAUUUAAUAGUCCAACCAACUUAGUAAAAUAAAUUAUUAUUCAAAUUAAUUAACUUAAUUUUUAAUCUAUUAGCAGUUGAUUGGACAGUACAAAAAUCUGAAGACUCGUCAAAUGGCUGUUUAACACAGUCUUCAUGUAGGACUAUUUAUUUUUAAAGCUCUUCUUCACUUUAACCGCAAUAGUACAAAAAUUACAUUAAAAUAUUCCAUCUGCUUCACUGUACAGUUUUGUUUUCAUCGCAAUUUGUAUACUAAAUCCUAAUAUUGCUAACUAAUACAUCCGCUAUAUUGCUAUUAUAUCUACAUUUCGCUGUUUUCCGUAUCCUUUUUGAAUUUCCUAAACUCCAUUGGGCCCUACCAAUAGAUUUUAGUUUAAAAAAACUUGAUUAAUUUUAUCGUAAUUCGAAAUUUACGAAAACCCCUAGCACUAUCAUCUGAUGUUUCAUUAAAAAUCUGAUGCUGGCUGUAUAGCACUCUGGGAUUUCCAAAAUUUGUUCCAUAUGAUAAAUAUUUUACAUCAAAAACAGCUUCUUUAACUUUCUCUUAGAAACCAACAACCACUUUAAAAAGAAAUCCUUCAAAACGAAUUUCAGUGAUUAUUAGAUCAUUAUAACCGAACCCAUAUCAGGUAAGGGGCACACGAAUUAUUUAAUUAUUUAAGCCUAUAGAUAAUCUACAUAUUACAGCAGGUACAUAAGUCUACAUACAAAGUUACAAAAAACGCCUUACUACCUUACAACUAAGCUUCCAAACGAUACAAAAAAACAACCCAACGGAACUAAACGUAAUACUCUUUGAAUUUGCUCAUCCUCUUGUCUCAAACCUCCACCGGCGCCUGUUCGGGCGCCUCGGGCGUCGCGAUGCGCACCUGGUUGCUCUCCGAUUGCACGGCCCCGUUCAAUUGGGACGUCCUUUGCGUAUCCCGCCAAGGAGUCGUCAGGAUUUUCA